GUUGAUGUUGUUGAUGUUGUAUGGUGAUCGGAGGUUCUGUGGCCAGACAGUCUUUGGCUCGGAUCGCAGACGCGGAGCUUUGUCCAUGGCUUCAGCCAAGUGCCAAUUUGUCCUUGGCAUCAUCCUAGUGGUCUUUCUGGGCACGUGGCACGUGUCUUCAGCAGCGGAGGGGACAGCAGAGGUUUUGACACCCAGGGACAACCUUCAAAUCGCCAAUGCUGAGAAGACGUGCCACUUGGCCAACUUGUUUCUCCACUCCUUGGCAGAUGAUGACGGUGUGGCCGAACCCAUUGAUAUCCAUCCAGUGGAUGGGGGAAAGGUCCGGAAAUAUGCUGCAUCCUUGGACUACAGCGUGAAUGGUUUCCAUCUUCUGGCGACCGCCAGCCCACGGGAUAGUUGCAAACUAGAUGAAAUCAGUGAAUCCUCAUCCGCAGUGAUGUUAGAUCCAGGGGAUGCCAGAAAUUUAGAGAUCUUUGUCCUGGCGAAGCAUCACAAUAUUGAUGGCUUGGAUUCUCAAAAGUACCUACUGAAUGUGAGCCGAUUAGCUGGCAGCGAAACCGCUCUGAAAGAUGUCCACGUGCCUGGAGCUUACUUCGUGCCAGGGUGGAAGCCAGAGGUGAAACGCUUCACUGUCUACUUGAAUUUGGAGGAGGACUUAGUGAAGUUUCAGAUCCUGAAGCUGGACAACGGACAAGCAGUGAAGAUGGUGGCCGAACUUCAAGAGGUAACUGCGGAGCUUCCGGGGCGACGUUUGCAGGGCACGGAGGUGCUCAGCAUGCCACACAGCAGUCCCCAGGUUGGGGAGGCUCAACAUUUGACGUCCACCUUGAUGACCACCUUGGACGUGGGCCACACGCGGGUGGUGCAGAUCCAGGUCACCUCGGCGGAUCGAUCUCGUGUGCACAACUACUACUUCACCGUGAAGCGGCCUCCCUGUCCGGUGGAUCGCCGCUUCUUCGACGGGCAGAGCCGUCGUUGCACGGACAUUUGUAAUGAAGGAUUCUAUGGAAGUAGCACCACAGGACGCUGCACUCGUUGCAUCGAUGAGCAGUGUGCCGUUUGCCAGGGACUUCACUGCAGUCUUUGCUUUGACGGCUACGAGCUCCAAAGUGGCCUAUGUGUUCCAAAAGGCAGUGGCACUGGUUUGGCAACCAUCAAUACCAUUGAGUCGGGUAUGUCUAGCUAUGCUUGGAAGCACCAGACAUUGGUGUUGGUUGUUGCAACUUCUGUGAUUGUUGUAUGCCUGGCGUGCUUGACAGCUUUGUGCCACUCCGGUGGUUUUCGACAUCGCAAAGGUUCGCUGCUUGGGGACGACGAUGACGAGGGUGAUGACUAUGAAUACUACCCUGGCUCCGGAAGAGGAUGACGAGAUGUUUGAGGAUCACUGCAAACAGAGCUCCAAGGUAUAGAUGGUAUACACGACGAGGCAGCUGGCUCUGAGUUUACACCGUGCUGUUGGUGAAGCAAAACGCACGCCUUUGUUGCGGUCGACAUCCAAGUGAUACUAAGCCCACGACCUGCCGUGCUCCUGGAAUCAGAAGUUACAAUGAGCACAUGUGUAGCUGUUGAUGCUAAGUACCAUGAGAUUGUGCGAUCGUGGAUGGUCAA